AAAUACAAAAGUGACAAAUAUUUAGGGAGAGAGGGAGUAAAAGAGAGUAAAUAGCUGAUGCUAUAAAACCUGAUUAGUGUUGCAGCGCCUCAUCAAAAAACAAAGCAAUGGAUAUCUUUGCCGCUGUCCUUUAUGCUCUUUUCUUACCUCUUCCUAUAAUCAUCUACUACUACCUCUACACUUCAAGAAAGAAGAGCCCAUGCCUCGGAAAGGUGGCGCUCCCGGAACCCUCGGGUUCGUGGCCUUUCGUGGGCCACCUUCCCGCCCUCGGAGGGGCGAACACCCUCCUCCACCGAGCCUUGGGAGCCAUGGCCGACACCCACGGCCCAGCCUUCGCCAUCAGGCUCGGGUCACACCGGGCCGUGGUCAUAAGCUCCCAGGAGCUGGUCAAGGAGUGCUUCACCGCCAACGACAGGGUCGUGGCCACCAGACCCUGGUCCCUGGCGACCAAGAUCAUGGGCUACGACCAUGCCAUGUUCGGGUUCGCCCCGUACGGGGCGUACUGGCGGGACAUGAGGAAGGUGGCGGUGGUCGAACUCCUCUCCCACCGCCAGCUCGACCUCCAGCGCCCUCUCCACGUGGCGGAGAUCGACGCCCUGGUCAAGGAGUUGUAUGGGACGUGGGUUGAGAAGGGCGGGGGCGGUCCGGUCCGGGUGGAGAUGAAGGAGAAGAUGGGGGACUUGAUGAUGAACAUCGGAGUCAGGACGAUUGUGGGGAAGAGAUACGGUCGUGACUGCGGCGGAAGGGGCGGCGGCGCUGAGGAGGAGGAGGAGGAGGAGUCGAAAAGGGGUAAGAAUGCCAUGGCGGAGUUCCUUCACAUGGCGGGUCAGCUCUUCUUCUCUGACUUCAUUCCUUGGCUCGGAUGGUUGGAUGUCAUCAAGGGAUCAACCCGUAGAAUGAAGAAGACGGCAAAGGAGUUGGACGAAGUGUUGGGGAAUUGGGUGAAAAGCCGGCGACAACAUAAGAUUGACGGCGAUGCCGAUGAUCACUGUACCAUAGAUGUCAUGCUGUCUUCCUUUCAGGCAAAUAAUAAUCAAGAAGUCUUGCCUCAUGGUCACAUCGACACUCUCAUCAAGGCCAAUUGCUUGACUUUGUUCUUAGGAGCGACAGACACGACAGUUUCAACACUGAUAUGGGCACUGUCUCAUCUCCUGAACGACAGAGAGGCUCUGAAGAAGGCGCAAGACGAGCUCGAGCUCCACGUGGGACUGCACCGCCAGGCGGACCCCUCCGACAUCCCGAAGCUGGUCUACCUGAAUGCCGUGAUCAAGGAGACCCUCCGUCUCCGCCCCCCCGCCCCGCUCUCCGGCCCUCGGGAAGCCAUGGAGGACUUCACCCUGAGCGGCUUCCAUGUACCCGCCGGCACUCGCCUCUUCGUCAACCUCUGGAAGCUGCACCGCGACCCCAAAGUUUGGUCCCACCCCUCCGAGUUUCGCCCCGAGAGAUUCUUGACGGAUCACAAGAGCUUGGACGUGAGGGGGCGCGACUUCGAAUUCAUCCCAUUCAGCUCGGGAAGGAGGAUGUGCCCCGGGGUAUCGUUCGCGAUGCAAGUUUUGCAUUUGGUUCUGGCUAAGCUACUCCACGGUUUUGAGCUCGGAACCGAAAUGGACUCGGAGGUAGACAUGACCGAGAGCCCGGGGCUAGUCAUGCCCAAAGCCACGCCUCUCGAAGUGGUUCUUGCACCCAGGUUGCCCCCUCAAUGCUACUAGCUAGCUUGGUUCAUUCCAAUUAAGGAAAUCCAUUUGU